CCAUAUUAGCGGACGCGGCGGCCCCGGGCGGGCGGGAGGAAGGCGGCUCCGCGCUGCAAGAUGCCGCGCUCCUUCCUGGUGAAGAAGCACUUCUCGGCCAGCAAGAAGCCCAACUACAGCGAGCUGGAGAGCCAGAGCGUGAUCGCCGCGCCGCUGCUGUACGAGAGGUGCCCGCUGUCGGUGCUGCCGCCGCCCGAGGUGCUCGGCGCCGGCGCCUACUACCCGCCGCUGGUGUGGGACGCGGGGCUGCUCUCCAGCCUCUUCCCGGCGGGCGCGGGCGGCGCGGGGGGCGGCGGGGCGCCGCCGCUGGACCUCUCGGCGCUCUCCAGCGAGGAGGACGAGGGCAAGAGCUCGGGGCCGCCCAGCCCGGCCUCGGCGCCCGCCGCCGCCGAGCGCUUCCGCUGCGCCCAGUGCGCCAAGGCCUACUCCACCUUCGCCGGGCUCUCCAAGCACAAGCAGCUGCACUGCGACGCCCAGGCCAGGAAGUCCUUCAGCUGCAAGUACUGCGAGAAGGAGUACGUGAGCCUGGGGGCUCUCAAGAUGCACAUCCGGAGCCACACGCUGCCCUGCGUCUGCAAGAUGUGCGGCAAGGCCUUCUCCCGGCCCUGGCUGCUGCAGGGCCACAUCCGCACGCACACCGGUGAAAAGCCCUUUUCCUGUACGCACUGCAACCGGGCCUUCGCCGACCGCUCCAACCUGCGCGCCCACCUGCAGACCCAUUCAGAUGUAAAGAAGUAUCAGUGCAAAACCUGCUCCCGGACUUUCUCCCGCAUGUCGCUUCUCCACAAACACGAGGAAACGGGCUGCUCGGGGACGCGCUGAGGAGCGGCGACCCCGCGGACUCUUACCCUGCAAAUACGUAUAUUGUAAUAGUUUCUGUAGGAGUUAGUUUCCUUGGUGUUGCCGUUACAGUGUGUAUCCGACCUGCGUACACCGCUCCUCCGGGCCUUAAGAGACUCCCUCCACGCUCCUCGUCUUGUGCCUCUUGUGCAAUUUUAAGGCCUGGUCCUUCUCCCCCGGGGCGGUAGCGGCAGGCCUGGACUCCGCCGUGGCGGCCGAAGGAGCGCGCCAAGGCCGAAUCCCGCGGCGCCGCCGGAGGGGUUUGCCGUAGACCUGCACCCGGUGCCGACUGGUUGCUGAAGGCACUCAGCACCUUGCGGGGUGGGACUGCACCCUGACCACGCCGCUGGUAGAAAACAUUGCGACUGUGUAGCCUUGGGGGUUGCUUUUUGUUUUUUUUACCAUAACCACUUGGUAACUUUCUAAGAACCAAUAUUUUAUUUUUAAGGAAGGACAAAAAGUGUUAAGCCGAACCCCGGUCCCCUGCCCCGAUUGUAUAUACGCCGCCUGUAGAAGGUGUAACUAUGCAAUAAUACAGUAUCACAUUAGUUGUGAAGCAGCUGCUUCUCCCCAGCACAAUGACAAUUUGCAAUGCCUCCGAGAUUAACAGUGUCCAUAAAAGGCAUUGGUAGCCAUUUCAAACAAGAAUCCUGUUUACAGAGCAGCUAUGCACUCAAGCACCUGUUAAUAUGACUCUUAACAACUGCUUUUCAAGAGAACUGUGACUAAUAGCAGGCACUUGUCAGCUGAUACAAUGGGGGCCUGUGCGAGGGCUGCCCAUCGACAGGUGGGUGCCAAAAGCGCUAUUUACGGUUAUUGACAGGUGCCUCCUGAAUGCAUCUUUCUUUGGACAUUGUUUUCACCGAAUCGUAACAAAGAGGAUGUUUACAUUUCAAAGGUACACUGGUAUUUAUAUAUAUUUUUUUUGUGCCACAAUUUUGUACUGAUGAAACUUUUUAUAUAAUUAUAUACAGUUUAUUGAUAUUCAAUAAAAUGGUUAAUUUAUAA